AUGUCCACAGCACGCGAGGACUUCUCGCCAGGUGGCCUCAGCAACUCGAAGACGCAAUUCAGCUCGGACAGCUCCAGUGGGCGAUAUGGCUCGGUACAGUCGCUCGUGCGGAUUCCAUCGGCGAACACCUCAGACUCUGUGGACCUCAAUGCUGAAACAGAUUUUCAGAGGGGGAUUUCGCCUUGCUCCGCCAACUCCGAGUUCUCCGCAGUGUCCGCCUCCAAGCGGAGGGUCAGCGAGUCCUUAGCUCGAGACUUCAUUCGGGCACAAUCGGAGGUUCAACCCGAGGCCUUUACAUGGAAGCUUCGUAUCAACAGGUUCAGGAACAGUAUGGCAUUCAGCAACUCUAUGGCCUUGAUCAUCUUUGCAGAUGCCUAUGCCAACUGCUGUGACAUUGACGCGCGUGCUGCAGGGACGGAGCUGCCUCUCUGGCUCACCAUCUUGUCCGAUGUGUGCCUGGGUAUUUACACUGCGGAGUUCUUCUUGUCUGUGUUCUUCGAUGGCUGGGCCAUGUGGUUUGACAGACUGAAGGUGCUGGAUGCCCUUCUUGUUGCAUGUGGCUACAUAGAGGUGUUGCUGAAUGCAUUCUUACCUGGAAACGUCUUUUCGCGCCUAAGUGUCAUAAGGAUACUUCGUUUAGUGCGCAUCCUGCGGCUGCUGAAGAUUCUGCGCAAGGUCAAGGCUUUGCGUGAGCUGCAGAAGCUUAUUAAGAUGCUGAACACAUGCUUGAAGGCAUUGUUCUGGUCAUUCUGCUUUUGUUUUCUUGUGAUGACGGUAUGGGCCAUGCUUAUUGUAGAGUCAGUCCACCCCUUCGUGCAAGACUUACCCGAUGAUUUUUUUAGUGAUUGCAGCUACUGCGACUUUGCGACCUCCUCUGUGAUGCAUGCCAACCUGCUGCUGUUCAAGACGGUGAUUGCGGGUGAUGGCUGGGGAGAGCUUGCCGUUCCCGUCAUUUUGGCAGCGCCCGAAACAUCGAUCGUCUUUAUAGGCGCCUACCUAACGAUCGUUUUCGGCGUGCUCAACCUUAUUGUCGCUGUUGUCGUGGACCAGUUCGCCGAAGCUCGCGAGCGUGACGUGCUUAACUUGGCCGAAGAGCUGGAUCACGACAUGCGGACUGACAGGAGCCGGUUGAAGAAGGUGUUUGACCGCAUUGACAAGGAGGGUGAGGGACAGCUGUCCUUAGAGCAGUUGCUGCACGGAGCCCGCAACGACGCCGAGCUCCAGAGCCGAUUGAAAGUCAUGGACAUCGAUGAAGGCGACUUGCAUGAACUCUUCCAGAUGAUUGACGUGGAUGGUUCGGGUACGAUUGAGUUGGAAGAGUUCAUACGACCCCUGAGUCGGUGGGUACACGAUUCGAAGACAGCGCCGAGGUUCAUCAAGUACAACCUCCUGCGUACGAUGCACCAGCAAGAAGAGCUGCACAAGCACGUGGAAAUCGGGUUUGUGAACAUGAACUCGAAGAUAGACUCUAUCACGGCAGACUUGAAGAAAUUGACGCGGCUUUACACGGCCAACACAAGAUCGGUCUACCGCGCCGGUGAACACAGAGCCGGAGCAGCGUCCAGCGGAGAGGAUUUUGUGGAGCAGCCGCAUUCGUCCAAACCGGUCACUUUGAAGGAGGUCUCACCAGAUGACUCCCUCGAGAUGGCCGUGGAAAGGUUGCGCAAGAUUGUAUUGAAGUCCACGGAGGCCGCUCUCGAAGGAUCUUCCGCCAUGAUGGAGUCCUUGCUUCGGGACAGUGUGCGCAGUGAGCUGCGCAGAACUGGAGAGGCUCUCCCAUCCAGAGGGCCAUCCAUUGCACCAUCUAUCCUGACGCAAGAAUCGAUGUUCGACAGCUCCAUUACUGAUGCAAAAAUGCCCGAGAGCGGUUCUCGGGAUUCACCGCAGGGCAUCCUCUCGCUCCGUCCGGAUCAGGACCGUGUGAACCCGCCGCCAUGGCAAGGUGGUAGGGCUGAUGUCACCAUGGCGGAGCACUUCAGCAGACUCGCGGGCUCCUGA